CCGCAUUCGACCGCGCUGGCGGUAGCGUCGGCUCUCGAGCGACACUCGCACGGAAACAAUCCGAACUGUGAAAAUUAAUCCCAAGUGUGUUUUCAUAUCGGUUACGUUUUGUGUUGAUUUUAAGUUUUUUUUCUUGUUAUGCUGAAUUUUUUCUUGCGUUACGGAUCACGGAUUUGCACCGGACAACAAACAUACUGAAGUUAUAUCGAAACAAAUGAUGUUAUCGUGACGAAAAACUUAUAGACUGAUAACACGUGAAGAAUUCGUCAAGUUAUGAUAACCAUCUGGCUGAUUACGUGGUUAUGAUAAGCGAGGAGCUUUGACCGAAACUUUUUUGCGAAAAAGAGGGAUACCAAAGAAAAAUGUGUGCCAAAAUGUUUUUGUAUAGUUUCUCUUUAUUUUCUAUUUUAAAUUUAUGGAUUGGAGUGACUGCGGAGGAGGAAGUGUCUUCACCGUUACGCGUAGCUCAGUGCAGAGCAACAUGCUUACAAAAGUUUGCGGCGCCGCGGCCCGGCGGGGAGUCAUCGUGUUUGCAAGGCCCCGACUGCUUUAUGUGUUGGGAAAAUUGUGAGCUUCUCCAGUCCAACUAUCAAGUCUGGGGUGCGGUAUGCGAAGAGAAAGACAUCUGUUUUCCUGGCUGCAAGAUUGCGUGCGAUUUCCACGCAGAAGCAGCAAGAGCGGCGCAAACACAACCCGUCAUACACACGAAAGGGGAAGGGGUGAUGCGAGUGAGUGGUGCACUCGCUCGGUGGCCACCCCCAGCACCGCGCGCUCCCUCCCGGCCCGUACCACUCGUGUAUGUCGUGAUGCGCCGCGCCGCAGAGGGUCCUUGGCGACAAAUCAUACAAACUCAGGCGUUAGCUACUAGAGUCCCUUCGAACAACGAAGGAGCACUGCUACGAGUUCUUGUCGUAGAUCCACAGGGUUUGGUUACCAUUUACAGUCCCGAUGAAACUUGGGUGGCACACGAUACUAACACUUCUAAUCACGAUGAACACAAAUGGACCCUGAAAGAAAUAUCCCUUAUUCACCAGAAAGUCCUAGUGAUAGGUGAAAUCGCGUGGGAGCCAAGGAUAGCCCGAGGUGUCUACUUAGUAACUUGGGAAGUAGACGGAGGUGGACUCAAGGGUAACCUAUUCACCGAUUCUACUCGAGUAACUUUGUCUUUAUGGCCUGAUACAGUUUAUCACAUCCAAGUUGAAUUGGUUUCACGUACACCAGGCGUAGAAAAUGAAAGAUCAGAGACAAUGACGAUAGACACUAGCCGUGCUCAACGAGUGUCGACAGAAAGCGUCCAAGACGUACAAGUUAGCGAAGGGGACAGGCUCAUGUCUGUUCUAGUCAGCUCGAUGCGAGGAGAACGAGUACCAGAACGUGCUCCCGACUCAGAGUUAUUUCUAGGCUGUGUAUCAGCUAUGAUUGCUUUCGUGCUGGCGGUAGUGGCUGCUUUUCUAUGGAGGCGAAGACGGCGAGGCACAUUUCCCGGAACCAAUGUUUAUGUAGGUUCUUCAUCAAUUUUAAAAAGAAAACUUGUUGAAGAUUUUGCUCCAACGGUGCAUUGCUUCCAGCCUGUCUUAGCUCCGGAGACACCAUCAAACGAACCGGCGCGGGAUGUCGUAGUGUGACGUCACAGCUUUGACAUGCUUUCGGUAGAAGACCCCGUCUUCAGUUCCUAAACUCUUGGGUGAACUUUUAUUAAAGACGAACAUGUUCGGUUGAUUGGAAGAAGUUUUGAUUGUGAUAAUAUAAUAUACUCGUACUUUAACGAAAAACUUCAAUAAGUGAAAGUUUAUUAUGGUGUUUUGUGUGAUGUGCGCUGUGCGUUGCGUUGCUAUCUCUAAAAGAACAAUGUUUGGAACACUCACUGUAAAUGCUGCUGUAAAAUUAUCAUCGUUAUUUUGUUUGGUAGAUAUAGACAAAUGUAAAUUAAAAUAUAUGAAAAUGUACGUAUUUAUGAAACACAGUAAGGUAAACACCAGAAAACUUAGCUUUGUAAAUAUGUUAAGAAUGAAAUAGUAACCAUAAUUUUUUAAAUAUAAAUGGAUUUGUACUGCUUGUAAAUAAAUGAAUGUACUACGUGUCACAGGAUAAGUAAAUGUUGGAAUUAUCUUGGUUUCAUAUCUAUUGGAAAGUCGAAAAUGAUGUUUUACAGGUAAGAAUAAUUGAAUAUUCCACACUCUAAAUUCAUGACGUAGAUGUUAGUAAGAUCUUGUUUUUGAAUGUUCUUGUAUUAAAUCGUUAAACAAACGACGCGGUAUAAAUAUCUAGAACUAUUUUUACAACUAGUCCUUAUUAUUGUUUAGUUAAACAUAGUUAUUAGAAUAUAUUUUAAUAUAAUAGUUUUCAUGACGUUCUUAAUCAUUCUAGUGAACUUUGUAAUGUCUUCUUCAGCAAUAAAAUUCAGUGUAUCUAUUGUAAAUAUUUGAAACAUUUAUUGUAAAAAACAUACAGAGAAAUUAUAUUUUUCUUGGCCUUCAAUAGAAAUAUUUGUAAUGAUACGGGUGGAUGUAUUAAUAUUAUAUUAUAUAACAUUCAGAAUAUUCCCUCUACCAAGAUUUGUUAACGAAUUUCAUGUGUUCUAAAUUGUAACGUUUAAUUCAACUUCUUUGCUGUAUAAGACACUGUAGUUUUAAAUGGUGUGUUUAAAGUCGUUAACAGGCUUUGAACAAUGUACUUAAUAGUUUAUUUAGUAGUGAAAAACGACCAAAAUUAUGUUUCCCGUGAAAAAUAUACGAUGGUUUUGUAACAACCAAAAUUGUUUUAGGGUGUAAGUUAGGAACUUAAUUAAUUUAUUUUUGUGAUUAAUUUCGUACCUUCACUCCGAAUGUACAUAUUCUUGGAUAUUACUUGCUAUAAAUGACAAAGCUGAACUUUAACGAGUAUAAAUAAAUAUGUCUGCCAAAUUAAA